AUGGAGAAUGAGGAGCCGGAGGAUGUGGAAUACACGGAUGCAGAGAUGCCGGUUGCUCCGGUGACAGAGGACCGUGAGACCCCUCCAGCGGUUCCUGGAACGGCCCAUACGGCCCCGGUAAAUCAUGUGCCAGAGGACAAGGCCCCAGAUGCAGUGGUUCCAGAAACGGCCCCGGUAAAUCAGGUGCUUCAGGACAAGGCCCCAGAUGCAGUGGUUCCAGACAGGCCCCGUCCGGAUGAGACUCCUUUGCUGCCUAGGCAGCCAUCCGAAAAGGAGUUGGAGCAACAACUGGUCGUUGCCCAGUUGAAGCUAGAGGCCAAGCGAUUGAUGGACAUCGAGCGCAGACGAGCCGUGAAGCAGUUUGCCAGCACUCUUCCGAAAGGACCGAUCGUGCUGGAGGAUUCUGACGAAGAGGCCAACCCGGACUCUACGACGCCGUCUGUUGCAGCAUGCCCCUCCAAGGCAGGAGCCAACCCGGACGCUGUGGAGACCCAGGCUUUCGAGCUGAACACCCAAGUGCUGAGUGAAGUCCUGGUUGGCUUGGACAAGGUUGUGCCAUCGCCGGGCCGGAGGUUUGCGGAUGAUAAGACGAUGGUUUUGAGCCCACCUUCCCGGGAUGUGAUGUCACCGGAUGGCAUGCCGUUGCCUGCAUCCCGAGUGGACCCGGAAACGACCCCAAGCCCUCGAGGCAUUGUACCGGUCGAAGUGACGCCCAUGAAGGACUACCCCACACGGGACCAGCAGCUUGCAGUCAAGAGUUCGAACGAUGCGGAGAAGAAAGCCAAGCAGGCAGCAGCUAAGGAGGCCAAGGCAGCCAAGGAAGCCUCUCGUGGGAGAGGACGUGGCCGUGGUGGCCGCGGUCGUGGUGGUGGUCGUGGGCAGAAGAAGCCCACGGAUGAGGGCGCCGACGGCGCCGAGGACGAGCCCGAGGAGGUCUCCGACAAGGCCGUUGAGGAUGGAAAGAAGAAGCGUGGUGGCCGCGGCGGCCGCGGUCGUGGUGGCGGUCGUGGGCAGAAGAAGCCCACGCCUGAGGUGGAUGAGGGCGCCAACGGCGCCGAGGACGAGCCGGACGAGGUCUCCGACAAGCCUGUUGAGGAGGGAAAGAAGAAUAAGGGUGGCCGACCCAAGAAGGUUCAGCGCGAGCCGGAGUCGGAGGCCAUCGUGAAUAAGAAGGCCCGUUGCGAGGCCGAGCCGGAGUCGGAAGGCAUCGUGAAUAAGAAGGCCCGUUGCGAGCCCGUGGACACGAAGACGAAGCGUGGCCGCAAGAAGGGCAAUGCAACCCAGGAGGAGCCCACCGUUCCUGCUGCGAGGGUUCGUGGCAAGCGAUCCAUUGACAAGGAGCCGGAGCCCAGACCGAACAAGAAGCUGCAGACUUUGAGUGGCAUGGAGUGGCCAAACACGUUUGCCCGUCGCUACAGACCCGCCAAGCCCAACUUUACGCAGAAGUUUUGGGAGGGAUGUGUUUGUGCAUUCCGCAAUGUCUUGAUGCCCCACCUCCCAGCGGGAACUGCAACAACCGCUCAGUCCGACUUCUUCGACUUCGCGAAACAGUUUCUUGAGCAGAACGAUUCUCAGGUGUUCGUCCUUUGCAUCCUGCUGCUCUUGUGGAACACCAGCAUUGACUUUACCAAGGAGGUCGAUCUCGCAGAGCUGUUUUCUGGAUCAGCAACCCUCUCCAAGGAGUUUUAUUACGAAGGCAAGGAUGUAGCUGCUUGCGAUUACAAGUAUGGACAUUCUGCUCAGCAGUUCUUUGUGGUCGCCCAAAGACCUGUAUAUGGCUUGGAGUUUUGUGCAGCUCCUGGGUUUCGAUGUCCCGCGCAACAACGAAACGAAGCUUCGCUAACCCUGAAGGUUAUGCUGGAUUCGAGAAAGUUAAUCGUUCGAAUGUCAUGGCAGCAAGGCUUGGCUCAGUUAAAUCAUGUCGGUCAAUGCAUUACACAUGUUCGGGGUCCGGGAUUCUGUGGGUCAGGUCGGCCCUCAUAUGCUUACUGGCUACAAGUUUGGGUCAAUGGUGGGUCGUGGAACAACCGAGAACAUCAUUGCUGA